AUGCGCGGCAACGAGAACCAGGUCAAGGUCCACUUCAAGGGCGAGCAAGACGACUUCAUUGUCUUCGUCGAGUCAGCUAAGGCGGUCCAGGACUGGAAGAAGGACAAGACCAUCCCUCUUGCUCAAGUAGUCAACGGCUGGAAGGUCUUUGUCACCCACAAGCACGGAAAUCAGGGUAUCCUUGACACUGCCUCAAAGAGCUCUCUCGAGAACGAGUUUGGUACAAGCAAGGAAGAUGACGUCGUCGCUCAAAUCAUUGAGAAGGGAUCCAUCAACGAGUCAGAGAAUGCCGACCGCAACGGCACUCGCAACAUCUCCCAAGGUGGCACCGUCAACCACUGA